AUGGCGGCGAGAACAGGAGCAGAUUUCCAGCCGCGGCCGGAGGUCGGUGACAUGUUGGUUGUGAUCCAUGACUUCAUAGCGAGGAGUUCAGAUGAGUUGAGUCUCGCAAAAGGCGACCGAGUUGAAUUGAUUGAGCGGGAUGACGAAUUCGGCGAUGGCUGGUUCUUAGGUCGGCACAUGGCAAACGGCAACAGCGGCCUGUUUCCGGAAGUCUAUACGCGACCAUCUCCGAAAGGUGUUCCUCCGGUGAUGACAACAGCGAUAGCCCAGAAGCCGCUACCAAGCCUGCAACCACCCAGCACCAAUGGAACGACAACUGAAACGAGUAAGGCACCUUCGAUAACAGCAUCCUCGACCGACGUCACUCUGCCCUUGAACUCGACCAAGCCAGAAAGCAAACCUAGUACGCCUGCCGACCCUGCGAGUUCGAAUCCAAGUCCCGCGCCACUGGCAAGCAAGAACUUCUCAAGUAAUCUAGGCUUCGGAGGCGUAGGUCUGGGUCGCGUCAACACGGGAAACCAGGACCACCCAGUAUUGCAUGAAACACUGACUGUCAUCGAUGAACACAUCACCGACCUGAAGUCUACGCCAAGCAACGGGGCGCUGCACAAUGCGACUGACUCGAGCAGUGAAUACAGCGCGCAGCUGGGGGACCGCAUGUCGUACAUCCAAGGGGAGGAAACCGACGAGGAGGAAGAAGCACCGCACACACGAACCGACGUGGGAGGUUGGACCGCCGAUGACGUGGCCGAAUACCUGUUUACUACAGGAGUCGAGAAGAAGCAUUGCGAGGUGUUCCGCGAUCAGGAAAUAUCGGGCGAGGUACUCUUAGGCAUGGAUCAGUCUUCGCUUUUCCUCAAGGCAUUCGACUUAGGCUCCGUCGGUCGCAGGUUGAAGACUUGGCAGAAAAUCAAAUCUCUACAAGAUGAAGUUAAUGGCAAGGGGCCGGGACAACUUGGGCGCAAGACAACACAGGCCAGUGACGCGGGAAGCGAGAGCUCGAGGAGGAUGCGAAGUCGAAACAAUACCUUGACCAACUCGCAGAAAAUACUGUCACUCGACGACCGGCCCGGCUCGGUUGCUGCGAGGAGGCUGUCGCAAACACCAAAGUUGGAUCCCGUCAGCCCCAUGACGCCUGUGUCCUCUCGAGGUUUGAUGGACAGCCCAACUCGUCCCUCGCACCAAAAGAGACCAUCAGCUGCUUCGGUGCGCGAGCUGCACCAUUCACGCCGUCAUUCAUCCACCGACUUCCGGCUCACCGGCACCACUGUAGUGAACAAUACGCCCAAGCUCCAAUCAGCAUCUUUUUCCCUGGGCGACGGGGCGACCCAUAAGAAGCAACCCUCUUUUGACCGCAAUUGGACUAUGGGCAACGCCUCGGCGACGAAUGCUUCUUCAUUUUCCCAACGACCCCUCUCUUCUGCUGGAUUCGACGAUACCCCGAACGACUCACAGGAAAACGUCACGAGUGAUUCACCGAUGGACGUCGACCGGGGCUACUUCUCUGGAACCGACAUUGAUGGUCGCAAGCGCAACGUGCUUAAGAAACGCGACACCCUCUCCGCCCAUUCGCGAACGUCCAGCUACGCCGACGAGCAGCGCGCUAGGAGCGGCACCGCCAUGGCUAGGCAUUCGAGAUUCGGCAGCAUGGACUCGGUUAGAAACAAGAUGCCUCCAUCUGCCGCCCAGCAGUACUACGGCCUUGAUCUCAGCUCCACGUCUGGUAACCCUCAUCGCAGGUCGGCUUCGACCAUGACCACCGAGUCAAUGCGACCAGCGCCACCGUCCAAAGACACUCCGCCACCCAUUGUCACCAAAUUGGACAAUGACAAUGAUGUGUCGCCUACGUCUACCAAUAGACAAGCGAUGCACUCCGACUUCCUGGCCAAGCCAGCUAAGAUGGGCGGCUUCGGCGGGCUCAGGGCAAUCUCGGAUGCCGUUACUGGAAACGAACGCGCAAAGCUUUCGACGCCGACGAAUUCAUCUAUCAAAGACAUGAUAAUGGAUACGCCUUCCAGGACUGGAUCCAGCACUCCGUCAGCAGGACUGAGCUUCGAGCUGGAUUCCCCCGACACUGCCAAAAGCCCCCUUUCAACGACCACAUCCGGCAGCCAAGCCCGCAGGCCGGCAAAGAACAAGAAAGAGACAAGUGCCUAUCAACGCGGCUUGGCCAAGGUUGGACCAAGGGAAGCUAUCAAGGAUGCCGAGUACAGCGGUUGGAUGAAGAAGAAGAGCUCGCAUUUGAUGACAACGUGGAAACCAAGACUCUUUGUCUUGAAAGGACGACGUCUGGCCUACUACUACUCUGAGGAUGACACGGAAGAAAAGGGACUCAUCGACAUAUCCUUCCAUCGUGUCCUGCCAGCGGACAACGACCGUCUGACUGGACUUCACGCAACCAUUACGGGUGCUAGUAAUACCCCGAUGAUGCCUGCGGACAGCAACCUGCAAACGGGUGCCGAUGCAUCAGCCGCAUCCCUCGAAAAGGGCGACGACGCCAUGUUCAUUUUCAAGUUGGUGCCGCCCCGGGCUGGCUUGUCUCGUGCUGUCAACUUUACCAAGCCGACCGUGCACUAUUUCGCGGUCCCCAAUCUUAAGCAGGGCCGUAUGUGGAUGGCGGCGCUCAUGAAGGCGACUAUUGAUCGUGACGAAACCAAGCCCAUGACAUCCACAUAUCAGCAAAAAACCAUCUCGCUUACAAAAGCCCGCCAGAUGCGUCACCGCCCGCCUGCGCUCAUGAACCUAGAAGAGAAGACCGAGGAGAGUGCAGCAAACGACGAAGCUGACGAAGAGAAGAAGAAUGGUCUUGGUAUCUCAUUCGGCGAGGUGGAUAGUGCCAUCUCAGGCUUGGAGAAACUGGGCCUGCAAAAGGUUGAGAGCUCAUCUGCCCGAAACCCGACAUUCGUCGACAGCGAGAAGAAUGGCGGGUUUGCGUACUUGGGAUCUCCGCAGAGCGCCUAG